CCUGAAAGUACUUCCUGAUGCUGCUAUUCGCCGGCUGAAUAUCUUUUAAACAACUAUACGCACUGCCGUUUCUCAACUCGGGCACAAAGUCGACAUAACUGAUCGUAAAUACAGCCUGUGGGCUUUGUGUAUCGCCAAACAAAAAAGAGCCAAAGCGGUCACGUGACCACACGCCGUAGUUCAAGAUGGAGACUGAGCGUUUUGGUGGCUUCACUGUUAGCUAGCUAGCUGUUUACAAUAUCCACAAUAUGGAAAAUACGACGGGCUGCGGAACGUUUUAAAGCUCAUAGCGAGAGUAGUUACCCAACCUGAUGUGUGCUUUUGCCAGCUUUCGACCACGAUGAAGUAAAGUUGUUUGUAAACACAGACCACCUGAAGAAUAUUCAAGAUAAAAAAGGCAGCCAGAGCAGAAAACUGUCAAUGAUCAUCAUCACAAACUCGUUUUAAGAGAGGAGAUCGAUAUGGCGCUGAGAGAGUUAAAAGUUUGUCUCCUGGGGGAUACUGGAGUUGGAAAGUCAAGUAUUGUUUGGAGAUUUGUCGAGGACAGCUUUGACCCAAACAUCAAUCCAACAAUUGGGGCAUCCUUCAUGACCAAGACAGUGCAAUACCAAAAUGAGCUGCACAAGUUCCUGAUCUGGGAUACAGCAGGCCAAGAGCGGUUUCGUGCUCUGGCACCAAUGUACUACAGAGGAUCAGCGGCGGCCAUCAUCGUCUAUGACAUCACUAAGGAGGAGUCCUUCCAAACACUGAAGAACUGGGUGAAAGAGCUGCGCCAGCAUGGUCCUCCUAAUAUAGUGGUCGCCAUCGCUGGUAACAAAUGUGACCUGUCAGAUGCAAGAGAAGUGCCAGAAAAGGAUGCCAAGGACUAUGCUGACUCCAUCCAUGCCAUCUUUGUAGAAACCAGUGCCAAGAAUGCCAUUAACAUCAACGAGGUGUUUAUAGAGAUAAGUAAGCGAAUUCCCGUUGUGGAGGCAGCAGGAGGAACUUCAGGGAAAGCUUUCAAAUUGGGACGGCAGGCCUCAGAGUCUCGCAGGACGUGCUGCUGAUGAUGUGGGUGACUGUCCCUACACGACCUGCGACCUGACCUUUGAUCACCCUCUGUCACCCCGGCCUGCUUAAGCCCAAACCCACCACCCAUCCCUCAAACACCCUGCAUGACACCAACACCCAGGCACAGCGGUGCCACUAUGAUGGAUGUAGCAAGUACAUUUUUAGGGCACUCAACAAAAUCAUGUUUGGCCUGAAAAUUGCUGGCAGGAGACAUACUUCAGGUUUACUGAGCAGUGACAAAAUGCAAAGAUGCAUUCACACACCGGUGAAAGAGUCCCCUAUGUGCAAUUCUCCUGACUUCUGUUACGGACGUCAGCCUCUAUCACCACUGGUUGAUGAGAGGAACUUUACAGCUGCAGAUUGAUGGAUUCAGAAGUACUUGUAAAUUUGUACAAAUCUACUUUCUUUCAACCAAAAAAUGCAAUGAAGUGGUUAAAUCUCACCAAAUUAUUUUGAUAGUACUUAAGUUAUUGCCUUUUUUUGGGAUAUCUCUCCCCAAACAUUCUUUAUGAAGGAUCCAUCUUUACCAUUUACAUGCAUACUCACUAAUUUAUAAGAUUUUGACAAAAUAAGUUAACGUUAGUUGUCUCAUCCUCUCAUUGCAGCGUUGGCUGUUUCCAGUCACAGUCAAACUCAAGACUGAUUGUGCAGCUUAAUUUACAUUUUGCUGCAUGAUUGCUAUUUCUAUCAUGGCAAAAAUAGCAGAGGGGUGUUUUGCUAUGUUAAUGGCAGUCACGCAGUAAGUUAUGCAGAAAUUAAAGGUGUGUGGGAGCCUACUUCCUUUACAUAGUUCAGCGUUUUGGGGAAUUGAUACCCCUGUCAUGUUUGUUUGAUAAAUAAGUCGCUGGAGCCAGGAGGCAGGAGGCGGUUAGAUGGGCAUAACAGAAAGACUGAGUCAGGCUCGUUGCUUUAACCAGCUGAUGGCUGGUGCCUUACAUUUGAUGAUAUCGUUCUUCUCAUCUAACUCUGCCAGAAAGGGGAAAAGGCAUUUUUCCCAGAUUUCCUUUAAUUGUGAACUUUGUUAUUCUUCUCUUUUGGCAUGGAAGGAUAUUUUGAUUGCCACUUACUCCUGAGAAUGAUAACAAAUUGUUGUAAAAUCUAAACUCUGUGAUCAGAAGAACCUUUCCGUUAACAUCUACCAAUGAUGGUGCUUUAAUCAGAGCUUAAAAUAGUAGCUGAUGAUUAUUCUGUGAUAACAGUUCCAGCUGCUCACAUCUGUUACAUAUUUCCACUUGUAAUCACUGUAUUAACAGUGUAUGACGUGCCCCAUAGUGCACAUGGUAUAGAGAACCUGCCAGUUUCCCAAUAUUAUUUUUUCUUCUAAUCUAAUUUUAACUGUUCACUGGCGAGCCCGCCUGUCUUCAGUCUUUUGCUGCUACUUUAUAAGAGUUUAAUGGGGGAGGCUGAUUGUUGUGAGGUCUUGCCAAAUUCUUUAAUUGUUCCAUAAACAUUUUUCAUCUUUUCCCUUUUUUUUUUCCACAUAAUCAGCACAGACUCACACAUCCAGCGUUGUUUUACUACUUGGCCUGUGAUGAAAACAAUGAGCUCUGGAAACCAAAGCCCAUUCAGAGGAAACUCAUAGUUUAGAGCUUAAGUCUCCCAUUAGCAGGGGUUAUAGGUGGAGAAUCAGACGUGGCACUGUGUCGACAUGCUGACCCCAUAUUGAACCUUGGUCUCCAUUCUGCUCUGAAUUACUGUAGGCGCUUUGUUCCAGAAUCUCCGUUCUGAUCCGUCCUUUCUUUCACUUUUUCUGCUUCAUUCCUCUGAACCCCAGGCUUUUACUGCUAGCGUUUAACCGUGGUAAACUAUAUAAGAACUUACUUUCACAGAGCCAUUUACUUUCACUUGAAUUCUUAUUACUCUGUGAACCUUAUGCUAUAUUGCAGUAGUUUCAUCAUUACCUCUUAUAUUGGCCAAAUUGAACUUACGUGGCAGUUGACUCUUGACCCAAAGCUGACUUAUUAUUUCUGUUUAGUUUUAUGCUUAUCUGUAUCUCUUGAGCAUCUUUAGCCUCCAAACCUUUUUUCAAAUUUGACAAAAAAAAAUACACAUGGACUUAGUUAGACUGUAGUUCCACAUGUCUAAGUAUGAUCUGUGUGCUUUUCUUUCAGUGAAAACAACUAUCUGCCUUUAAGCAUCUAACAUGUAGCUGUUCUUGACGAGUUGUGUGCUGAGCAAUGCUGUCUAUUUUUCAGGAUUUUCCUGUGGAGUGCAAUAGUUUUUACUGCAACAAAUUCAAAAUGUGAUCUGUUACAAGAACACGGUUAAGAGAAACACUUGUGCAAAAACGUGAUCUCAUUCCCUCAGCCUCUAACAGAUGAUAAUAACAGGUUUGUAUUGACCUCAUUUUAUGCUGAUUUGAUGAUAAUUUAGCUCUGACAUAGUGGAUUAAAUGAGCGGUGUGAUUGGGCCAACCAUCCGCCUUGAAAACCAGAGAAAAUCUAAACUUUUAAUUCACUCUGCUGUCUUUGAUAAUUUAUCCAGCACUACAUCAUAAUGCCAACCCCAGCUAGUAUUUACCACAGCUUCAGCAAAUUCAUUUAAAAAGGCAAAUCACUCUGGUACUUUGAAAGCUGCACUUUGUAUUAAUUGGCCCACAUUACUAACUAACACUCUGUCUGCAGUCUGUUAUUAUCUCUGUGAAAUCAUUUGAUGAAAUAAUCCUGUAAAGCCUCAGACUUCUUAACAUCCCUUAAUGUUGUUUUAGGUUUUGACUGUUUUCUCAGCUCUUAUUGCGAUGAGGAAUGUGGUGCCAAAUGAGGUCAAAUCCAUUUUUUUCCCCCUACACAUGAUUAACCUUUAUUAUUAUUAUUGCCAAUGUGAUAUAAUGAUUUAAAGUGCUAAUCACAUAAUUGCUUAAAAAGUUAGAAAAUUUGAGAAUUAUGACACACGUGAUUUCCCUUAUUUGGAAACAGGAGGCAUGAAUACAAAUUGUGUGCCAUUAGUUUUGCAUUGAAAAAUAUCAGUAGUCUUGGGCUGGCCCUGGGAAUGUGAUGAAUCUAUAUUGUGUAUCUGUUACAGUGUAGAUAUAUAUACAUCAGAUUGCACACAAAUCAAUGACUAUAUUCCAAGCCAGUUGUAUGGACACAGUAUACCUGUACACCAUUUGCAGUAUAAAAAAACAAAAAACAAACAAAAAAAAACACAUCAGCAGUGUAGUUACCAUAUUUAGCUUUUUAGUACGUUUCAUAUGAAUUGUAACAAAAUGCCUGAGGACACUUGUUUGCAGUGUAAUUCCAAAAGUGUAAAAAGGGAAUUGUGAGUUGUUUACUAAUAAAAGAUUGACAAAGAUUUGUUUUCUCAAAAUGCUGUGUGUGUGAGAGAGAGACAAAGAAAAAAGUCUGAAUGAGUUUGCAAAGUUUCUCAAUCCCUUGCGUUGGGCUCAAGAGAAGUGUGUGUAUCAUUGCGCUCCUUGGGGAUACAGUAACAGUGUUGUUGGUGAUUGGUUGUGUUGUUCGGUUGGCAGCCAGCUGGAGGGCUAAAUAUAUAAAUAUGAUACUUGAGAUGUGUGUUUGAGUGGCAGAGGGCUUUUCGCUGCACUUUUGACUACUGCUGAGAGGGCAGAACACCUAUUUAACAACCUCCUAAUCCCCUACAAAACCCCUAUGGUUACAGAAUCUAUAUUCAGCUUAUUCAGUACGCUUUUGGUGAUUGUAUUUUCCGUUUAAACAAAAACAACAACAACAAAAAAACACUUUCUUUCAAAAGCUUUCUCAGAAACUAUGUGGUCAAUUAAUGUCAUAAUAUGGCUGUUAUACCAAUUAUUACACCGAUAAAAACUAAAUGCACAUCUUUCUAUUGAUUUCACAUAAAAUGAAGCAGUACAUAGCUCUGUGAGAAGAACAUUGUGCAAAUGAGGCAAAAAGACAGGUGGAAAAUGAAUUGAUUUAUUAAACUAAUUAAAAGCACGCCAACCCACUAGAGUUUCAGUUACAUGAAAUUUGCCACUGAUCUGCUUUUCUCUUCAGGAAAAUAUGAGCUUUUCAUAAUGUUUCACUUUACGCUGUUGCUGUAAUGUUAUUUUGACUUUGCAAAAACUACCUUAACCAAUAAAAUGAAUUAUGACUGAC